AUGGAUCUAAGAGCAAAUACUAAAGACAAAUUCUUGCAAAUAUAUCUAAAUAAAAGUCUUGUAUAAAACUAAUUUGAUCCAUAAUUCAAUCAAGGAACAAAGCUUGAAAAUAACAAAAAUGGAUCAAUCAUAAAUAAAUUAAAUGAGAGCAGAUAUAAGAGAUUAGGUUCCUUUUCCGUCGAUGAAAGUCAUGUCAAUACUGAGAUAGCGUAAUAUGUCAAAACUUACUUUGAGAAAAAUGCUAAAAGAGAAUCAAAGUCUUAAGUGCUAUUGAAUAUAGUGUAGAGAAGUAUGAAAUCUAUAGUAGCUGGAAUAUCUCUAUGGGUUCCUACAAUAUAUAAAAUCAUUGCUUCAAACUAGGACCCUGUUUAAUAUGUCUAUGCUAAUGUUGUUGAAAAGUUCAUUGGAGAUUAAUGA